AUGAAGAUCCUUUGCCUGCAUGGCAUGGGCACCAGCUCUGACAUCUUCGAAUUCCAAACGCAGUCUCUGCGGUCCCUGCUCCCUGCCCACUUCGAGUUCUUAUUCGUGGAUGGUGACUACAUGUGUCAGCCGGCCGACGGGGUUGCCUCUAUAUUCCCGCCUCCGUUUCUAUGUUAUUACCCAGAACCGGACAAAGACGCAGUCGAGCGUGCGCUUAGCACACUCCGAAAUGUUGUUGAAGAAGAAGGCCCAUUUGAUGGCGUCAUUGGCUACAGUCAGGGAGCAAGCCUCGCCGCAAGUUACAUGUUGGAUUGUCAGUCGACGCAUCCCUUGAAACCACCACCCUUCCAAUUUGCAAUGCUUGUCUGCUCCAGCCUACCCUUUUCUUCCUCUCCAAGUCGCAGCACCGACGUCACAGAAGCGUACGCGAUUUUCAAGCAGCGGUUGAAGGAGCAGACAGGUUGCCAACAGACCAGAGACGAUUUCGACGAUUGUUGGAAGGUUCUGGGUUCUCCCACUGCUCGGUCUGUCUGUAGUGACAGCGACAGUGAAUGCGAAAAGACAGCGGACGCCGGCCUGUAUGCUUUGACACCAACACUUCUACCGCCAAAUACUGAGGAUAUUCCAGCGUGGAGCGAACCAAUAUCAGAUGGCAAGCACUCGCGAGUCUAUACUUGGGACCCCAAGGUAAGCAGUUCGCGAAUCAGCAUACCUUCGGCUCAUGUCUACGGCGGACUUGAUCCUUACGUCCACCAAAGUAAGGAAUUGGUGAAGCUCUGCAAUCCAGAGUUCACAUUCACAUAUGACCACGGCAAAGGACAUGACUUUCCAAGGUCUACAUACGUUGCGGAAACGAUGGCAACCAUGAUUCUGAGACUGGUUGAACUCACAAACCGUGGGACUUGA